UGCAAAGGUGGAAGGUUGAAGUCUCGGGUUUGGAUGUUCUAGCGGGACAGACCCUCGGUCUUCUGUUCCUCCGCUCAGAGCCACAGAUACGGUCUAAUCUGAGGAGAAAAACCCAUCAUUAACGCUGUACAGCUGUGAAGCUAUACGAUACAUUAGCUGUCAGACUGCAGCCGUUUUUAUUCGGUGUAGUUCGCGCGGGUUUGUGGUGUGUUAACACAUUCCAGCCAGACAGUAGGUUAAGCUAAUUGGCUAACUUAGUUCGCUAACUUGGCUAAUAGUUUUGGCGGACUGAUAUCUCGUAUCCUUUCAAAAGGACCUUAAUUUUUCACUCACUUUGCAUCUUUCGGAAACACUCGUCCAUUCCUCCAACCACACAUUUGGGUUUACCUCACAAAUAAACAAGUUAACAGAAAGCUAGCCCCACGUUAAUUUAGCUAACUGGCUAGCUCCCGUUGAGUAUGGCCGAGAGACCGGAGGACCUGAACCUUCCUAAUGCCGUUAUCACCCGCAUCAUCAAAGAGGCUUUGCCAGACGGGGUAAACGUGUCCAAAGAGGCGAGAAGAGCAAUAUCACAGGCUGCCAGUGUAUUUGUUCUUUACGCAACAUCAUGUGCAAACAGUUUUGCCAUGAAAGCCAAAAGGAAGACACUCAAUGCUGGUGACGUGAUGUCCGCUAUGGAGGAGAUGGAAUUUGAGCGUUUCUUACCACCUCUGCGGGAGGCUCUUGAAGCCUAUAAGAAAGGACAGAAAGGCAAAAAAGAGGCAUCAGAACAGAAAAGGAAAGACAAAGAGAAAAAGAAUGGUACAGAGAAUGACAAGAGCAGAGAGGAAGAGGAGGAUGAAGAGGAGCACAUGGAGGAUGAUGACGGAGACAAUGAAGGCGAGGAGGAUGAUGUAGAAAACUGAGGGGGAACAGUGGAGGUUCAGCAAUGUUUCUAUCCUGCCUCGUUCCUAAGGAACUCUAUUUUUGAUGGUAGUGUCCACUUUUGGAAGAAACAAGCAGCUGGUGCUUGUUCUUUAUAAAAUAAGGUCAUUUCAUACAAAUCUCAUGAGAAUGGAAAAAGUAACAAGGACUUGAAAGCUAGAAACAGUUUGCUUUAACCUGGCCCUGAUCAAGUGUGUUGAUAAUGAUCCUGUUUAUACCUUCUUUGAGUCUGUGUUUCAGGUUGUCUUAUCUGCAACUGUAUUUGAUAUAUUCACUUUAUGGUAGCUGUAGUGUCAUGAGUGUUUUUUCCAGUAAGAGUGGAAAAUAGGGAAUAACUUGGUAAUGCUUCCUAAUGUGAAUAAGUGAUUGAGUCAAAAAAAAAGGUUAUGGCUAUUAACAAUCAACAGCUUCUUUAUUGUCUUGCAGCAACAGAGACAAGACUAGGGUUGAGAGUCUAAAUGUCUGUCUUUUAACAUGCACCCCCACUCCUUUUGGUAUGGUUAUGUUGGUUCAUUGCUCUGAAGCUCUACUGUUCUGAAAAAGAAAAUAUCCACUUAUGGUGCUUUGUGUUCUUACAGAAAAAAAUGGAACAGGAUUGCAAGAUUGAAAAUCUGGCAGUACUUCCUGGAACAAAAAUGCACCCAACAUUUCAGGGAAUGUGGAAAAUGCACAUUACAACCAAGGCAGGGCUGUUUUGGUACUUUUCCCCUUUAAAAUUUUUCAUCAAAAGUAGGUAGGGGCACAUUAAUGGAAUUGUCAGGGCUCGAUAGACCAAAUGCUUUUGUAUGUUCAAUUAAAUUUGUACUUUUGUAGAACCUGGCCUGUGUGGCUGCAUUUUAUAUUAAAGUUUUGUAUAAUGUG